GUAACUGCUACCAACCAAACACUGAUCGACGUGUUCACAGCAACACUCAAAGCGGAUACUACGGACCAGAAGCUAUGGACCUAUCCAACAUCAACAAAGGACCAGAGCGUUGGAAUCAGAAGAAUAGGGGCAGCAAGCACGACAAGUCCAAGACCACCUGCUACAGCUGUGGAAAACAAGGACACUACGCCAGGGAGUGUUGGUACCACUGACGACAGUGGCAAAUGGAAUAUCCUCACUGACGAUAUGGGCGAGCGCAGCAGAAUGAGACAGUGCGGUAGGAACCAACGACGCCACAUCCACCAGGAUAACAGGCAUAACCAAGAACUACGCAAACGGUCCAACGACAUUGCCGAGAUCAAUAGACACACGGCGGACUACCGACUUUCCACAAACAGACUUGGUAAUGAGGAGGCUUUUUUAGGCCAGCGCCUACAACCUCCGCAACACGGUUCCUUAACUAACAAUGGGGGGUGGUCCCAUAAGAUUAAUUGCUACCAUUUUCCUGGCCAUUGUGUGCCCGAUUAUCUAUGCGCUCUCGUCCGUACCACGCUAGCGUCCCAAUGGGUUAGCGCCAUCGUCCCGACACGUGACAGCCUACUUCCCUACAGCACCAUGACCCCGUUACAACUAUCUCCUCCCCUCUAUGACUGCUGUCCCAGCACAUCCCACAUUCUUGCUUCUUCCAUCACCAUGUCGUCAAUCCCCCAUUGCAGUGGAGGCGUUCCGCCUGUUGUCCUGCCAUCGCCUAUUGCACAACGUGUUGCUCCCUCUCUUGCUCCUCGACACAAUGUCUGCCUUCGUUGUGCAAAGCAUAUUCGCGACGGCCUGAUCCAGUGUAACUGCCAGAAGUUCCGCAAGUGCGACCGCUGUUCGCGCCUGAAGAAGGCAUGCCUUGAACUCCCGCAGCAUUCCAUCCGCGCGUGGAACACCCUGGUGCUCUCGUAUGAGCACUUGCGCGAUGUAGGGCCCGACAACCACCACAAGCACAACGAGUGGGAGCAGGCAUGCCGCCGGUGGAUUGCCGAUGUCAAAGCCACCGAACGUGGUCUUUCCAAGCGCGGUGGUACCCGCAAGUCCAAGGGGGAUGAAAUCCAGCUCUUACAGGUGGAUGCUACCACCAGGCUGGCGGUGGCAGUAGAGGGCAUCCUCGAUGUCCUCCGUGCUCAGGUGUGUUGCCAUUGUCCUAACGGCGUUCAGGCCGGGUACAAGCUGCUUGGCGAGCUCGAUGCGCCGACUGUUCCUGCUCCUCGUCACAGCCAGGAGUUGUCCUUUUCCUACCCGGAUAACCACAAUCGGGGUGGUGAUGUUGAUGAAGGUGGCGGCGGCAGUUCUGGUGGGAGUGACAGUGGGGAAGAGGAUGACCUAUCCUCUGACUUUGCCUCAUCCCUGUCGGUAGAGCCCACUCCUACCCCAGUCUCCCAAGGACGUGGUCGCCCUUGCAAGCAGGCCCCCGGCGCUGCUACAAUGCCCACAAAGCCCGGUCGUCUCGCUAGCAAGCCCAAGCCUCCUCUCAAGCGAUUGUCGUCGCUGCGCCGCAAGCCCAAGUCGCCGGCGGGGAGCACGGGUGUCGCCCAAAUCGUUCCGCUCGCCAAGCGUAAGCUUCGCUCUGCUGGUUGCGCCAAAGGGGUGGGUUCGGCAGAUCUGACAAUGUCUGGUGGCUUGGGCCCCCCUGGAGUUGAGCAGGAAGAUGGUAUGACGGACAGUUUGGAGGAUGACUUGGUGCAGCCCACUCCUACGCCAAAGAGGUCUAGGCGGUAG